CAAAACAAAACAUUUAACCAUUAUGCGCAAUGCAAAUUGGAGGAUCUUUAAGAAGUCCAUUUUCAUUCCUUGGCGGUUUUCGUAUUACAUUUCAAUUGCUACCCAUGAAACGCAAUAAAAGCAACGCAGCAAGCUCUGCCAAAAAGAGACCGAAAAAUAAUGAAAGAAGCAGCAGCAGCACCAGUAAGAGCUCCGGUAGCGGCAGCGGAAGCGAUGAAGAAACAGUUACGAUUACACCAGAAAAAAAGACAAAGCCAAACUACAACAGUUUUGACCAAUUCCUCAGUCAUAUACAGGAGCAACGUCUAAAGGCUGCUCCCAAUAUACACGAAUUUGCUUUCAGAAAGAAGCGAGUCCGUGUUUUGAGCUCGGCUAGCGAUGUAAAUGAGCAGUACAAAGGUGGCGUUGUCUAUUGGAUGUCACGGGAUGCACGCGUUCAAGACAAUUGGGCACUACUCUUUGCACAGCGCUUGGCAUUGAAACUGGAGCUGCCUUUGACGGUGGUCUAUUGUCUGGUGCCCAAGUUCUUGAAUGCUACGUUAAGGCAUUAUAAGUUUAUGUUGGGUGGCUUGCAGGAGGUGGAGCGGCAGUGUCGAGAACUGAAUAUUUCAUUCAAGCUGUUGCUUGGGCCAGCUGUGGAGCGUUUACCGCAGUUUGUAAAUGACGAGCAAAUAGGCGCUGUAAUUUGUGAUUUUGCACCUUUGAGGCUGCCACGCCAGUGGGUCGAGGAUGUUGUGAAAGCUUUGCCAGCUAAUGUGCCUCUUACGCAGGUGGAUGCCCACAAUGUAGUGCCCCUUUGGGUAACCUCCGAGAAACAGGAGUAUGCUGCUCGCACAAUACGCAAUAAAAUCAAUUCGAAGUUAAGCGAAUAUCUAACCGAAUUUCCACCGCUGAUUAAACAUGCGCAUGGAAAUGUAAAGGGCAGCCACGGCGUUGAUUGGACUGCUGCACACAAGAUGCUCAGCUGCGAUAUGUCUGUGGAUGCUGUGGAAUGGGCUCAGCCGGGCUACACAUCUGCAUGCAAACAGCUCUACGAUUUCUGCACUCGGCGUUUGCGUUUAUUCUAUGACAAGCGCAAUGAUCCCAUGGCGGACGCUCUAUCUGGUCUCUCACCCUGGCUCCACUUUGGCCAAAUAUCUGCACAACGUUGCGUCCUCGAAGUGAGCCGUUAUAAAACCUUAUUUAAAGCAUCGGCCGAAGCCUUUUGCGAAGAGGCGAUUGUGAGACGAGAAUUGGCGGAUAAUUUUUGCUAUUACAAUGAGCACUACGAUAAUCUAAAGGGUCUACAUAGCUGGGCAUAUGAAACUCUUCAAACGCAUCGGAAGGAUAAGCGUAGUCCUUGCUAUACUCUGGAAGAAUUGGAACAGUCACGAACCUAUGACGAUCUGUGGAACUCGGCCCAGUUGCAGCUGGUAAAGGAGGGCAAAAUGCAUGGAUUUCUGCGCAUGUAUUGGGCGAAAAAGAUCUUAGAGUGGACCGAAACACCAGAGCAGGCUCUAGAGUACAGCAUAUUGUUGAACGAUAAGUACAGUCUGGAUGGACGAGAUCCGAAUGGAUAUGUGGGCUGCAUGUGGUCCAUAGGUGGCAUUCACGAUCAAGGCUGGAAGGAACGUGCCAUAUUCGGUAAGAUUCGCUAUAUGAACUAUCAGGGAUGUAAGCGCAAAUUCGAUGUUAACGCAUUUGUGAUGCGUUACGGAGGAAAGGUGCACAAAAAAGAGAAUUAAAAAAUGAAGAAUUUCUAAAGUUCAUAAAAGGAGGAUUAGCUAUAUGCUAAUCAAUAACAAUUAAACUAUUUAAGCGUUUC